ACCUAGCAACGCCUCCUGGGGCCGGAAGACCAGGUUGCUAAGGGUUGCAUAACUUCCUGUACGUGCACCGCGAGGGAGGCGGGACUACACCUCACUUCCGGAGGGAGGUUCGGCUGCGGGACCAUAGCUCUUGGUCGAAUUUAACUGCUUGAGUGAUAUAAAAGGAGACCAGGAACUGCUUUGGGCAUGGCUGCUGAGCUGAACUUCUCUCCCCCUGAGGUUCCGGAGCCUACUUUCCUGGAGAACCUUCUUCGUUAUGGACUGUUUUUGGGGGCUAUUUUCCAGCUUAUCUGUGUGUUGGCCAUAAUCUUCCCCAUUUCAAAGUCUCAUGAGGGCGAAGGGGGACAUUUUGAGCCAAGAAAGUUUGAGGUGACCAAGAAGCCAAAGGGGGCUGCUCCUUCCCAAAGCAAAAAAUCCAAGAAGGAAACCAAGAAGAAGAGAUAGAAUAGAAUCUGCCAAACAUGGCACAUUGUGUGGCCUGCUCUCCUUCUUUCUUCAGAUUCGAGUACUCAUGAAGAGAGACCAUUGCAGGGAAAUCAAAUCUUCAUAAAAACAUUUGUCUGGCAUCAUCUUCCUUACAGAAUCUGAGUUGGAAGAGACCUCAGGAGUCAUCUAAUCCAAUCUCUAUCUGAAUAGGAAUCCAUUCUACAGCCUGCCUGAUGAGCUAUCGUGCUGCCUGUGCUGGAAGACCUCCAGUGAUGGGGAACUACUUACUACCUCCCGGGGCAAUCCAUUCCACUUUGGGAUAGCUUGCUAACUGUUAGGAAGCCUUUCCUUAUGUCGAUCCUCUCAAUCCACCUCUCUGAAACUUCUGCCUAGUCCUUCAGAGACUAGGGAAUUGAGGUGGCACUAGUGGAACAUGGGUGCCUUUUAAACACAGAGGACCGUGUAAGCAUGAGCAUUUCAUUGGCUCUAGGUGGCCAAAUCACCUCCCCUGAAGCCUUCUCUUCAGAUCUUGUUCAGUCAUGGCUCCUGAAGCACAACCCCUUCAGAAAGGAAAACACGGGUUAUGCCACUACAGUAACAUUCGACUUUAGGAAAAAUGACAGCAGAAUCAUGAGCACAUAAUACAAGCAAAGGCCAUAUAUACUGGGAUACUUAGUUUAAAGGUCAUGUUAAAAUAAUUGAGCUGCUUUUUAAUGUUUAAUCAUGUCAAAUAAUUUUUAAUAUAACAUGUAUGUACACUACUAUUCAGGAUCUGCAACUUAAUCUAGACAAGUCUUCCCGACUCCUAAUCAGCUUUUGUCUUCACUUUUAAAAAGUGUUAAGGCCCCUCUCUGUCAGAAUGAUGUCCACUGCAGUCUUAGUAAUUAGAGAGGCUAAGGCAUUUGAAUCUGAGAGGUUCCCUAAAGGAAGGGCAGCCUUAUCCUGUGUGAAAAUGAUUUUCAAAUUCUGCACCAAAAAUAUUAAUCAUGUUUCUCCUUUUCUUAAUGAAGCAUUUUUCAGUAUUUCCUCUGAUUUUCACUCAGGAGGAAAGGAUUUCAGGUGGGAUUUUGCUAAGUAAAUAAAGGUUUUCCAUGUAGAAAUUGGCCAUAGUCUCAACUUCUGUACUGUGUUUUAGGGUGUGCUUUUGGUUCCUCACUGCUGUUUCCCUGACCUAUUUUUAGUGUGCUCCCUGAACUUCUUCCACACCAAACAAACUUUUAGCCCAGGCUUAAGGAGAAAAGAUUGGGAUGAGCAUGAGAGCAGAUUAAUAAACCACAGUGCAUGAUGAA